AUGGGAGAUUUUGACAACUCGAAAUCUCAACCUGUACUGGACUACGAAGAAGAGCGAGCCUUGGAAGAAUUUGUUAAUAAGGGAGGAGACGUGCCAAGUGUAGAUCGCAAGUCCACCUCGUUGUCGGAAAUGAUUGCACUCGAGGGUAGCAUCGAGUCGCUGAUAAAUUCCAAAAAAUCUAAGUGUUUAUACAAUGUCGAGGAAAUGUCAGGGACUGACUUGCAGGCUUCGGUGCAUAGACUUAAAGAAGAUCCGGUGGAGCCGUUUUCAUUUUUGCGCAAUGUUUUCGACGACGUGGCCCACUCCGAAGAGAAAGAGCCUACCGAUGUGGACCUGCAAUUAAAGACCCUCCUGAAGCGCGUGGAGCUGAACAAGACCCUACUCGAGAGAACCAAUCAACGCGUGAAAGACGUUAAUUUCCUGGUGGAACGAAACGGGAUUCUCGCUUCGAGGGACUUAAAUUACGACGAGAAGUCCUUCCUGAAGAUCAAGGAAUCUGGAGAGCCUGCCGAGGAUUCAAGUGUAUCGAAAAUCAAGCAUCCAGGAAUCGACGAGCUUCAGAGGACCAUGAAAGUCACGAUGGAGAUGCUGAAGCACAUAAAAAAAAUCGCCCUGGGUGAGACGAGACUCGAGGACAUCGACGAAGACCUACUCCAGCACAUGAGCGUGAAAAACGUCGAAGAUAAUUCAUGAAUUCUACCUUCCAUUAU